UUUAUUAUUAUAACAAAUGAAGAUGGCGAACAUUGGUACCCCUAUCAUUGUAGUUGUUCUGUUCUGGGGGUUGGCAGUUGCAACUCGAACAAAGCUGUUCUCUGAAGAAGAUGGGAUUGCUGUUUCGGCGUUGGCUCCAUCUGGUAGUGAUGGCAUUUGUGCAUCAAUGGUGGAAGCACAAGGCUAUCCUUGUGAAGAACACACAGUGACGACAGAAGAUGGCUAUAUACUCAGUAUGCAGAGAAUUCCAGGGGGGAAGUCUGGGGAGACAUCAGGAAACAAGAUACCGGUUCUUCUACAACAUGGACUCCUCAUGGAUGGGAUAACAUGGCUGCUCCUACCUCCAGACCAAGCUUUGGCAUUCCUCUUGGCGGAUAAUGGGUAUGAGGUGUGGAUUGCCAAUACCCGUGGAACCCAAUAUAGCCUCGGCCAUACAUCACUCACACCCGAUGAUCCGGCUUAUUGGGAAUGGUCAUGGGAUGAAUUGGUGGUUUAUGACCUCCCGGCCACAUACCAAUAUGUGCAUAACCAAGCAGGACAGAAGAUUCAUUAUGUUGGACAUUCACUGGGAACUUUGAUUGCUCUUGGUGCUUUUUCAAAAGACCAGCUAGUGAACAUGUUGAGAUCAGCUGUCUUACUUAGCCCAAUUGCUCAUGUUGGUCAGAUGACCUCACCCCUUGCAAGAGCUGCUGCUGAAAACUUUAUUGCUGAGGCUUUAUACAAGGCAGGUUAUAGAGAAUUUAAUCCACGAUUAGAGGCAAUAAUCAAAGUUCUUAAUGCAUCAUGUGCGAAAUCAGGCGUUGACUGCACAAACCUCUUGACGUCUUUCACCGGCCAGAAUUGCUGCUUAAAUCCAUCUAUUGUACAAGUCUUUCUAGCUCAUGAGCCUCAGGCAUCUGCAACUAAAAACAUGAUCCAUAUCUCUCAGAUGAUAAGAGACGGAAAAGUUGCGAUGUUUGACUACAUUGACAAGGAUAAGAACCAAAAACAUUACAGGCAGGACACUCCUCCAGAGUACAAAAUGGCAAGCAUUCCGCAUGACCUUCCUCUCUUCCUCAGUUACGGAGGGGCAGAUGCGCUUUCUGAUGUCCAAGAUGUAAAGCUAUUGCUCAACAGCCUCAAAGAUCAUGAUGGAGAUAAGCUUGUGGUUCAGUACAGAGAUGAUUAUGCUCAUGCUGAUUUUGUCAUGGGUGAAACUGCUAAGCGAGAUGUAUAUGAUCCUCUCAUGGCAUUCUUUAAACUUCAGUGACAGCAUUACUAGUAAUGCCAAUACUUCUUUUCUUUUCUUAUCUUUUUACCAACAAAA